ACAAGAAAAAGAAAAAAGAGUAGACUAGACUUUAUUUUUGGCAUAAAAUUUCCAUGUGGGUCUAUGACUUUUGAUUAAUAGUGUUGCAUUCAGAAUAAUUUUCUUGAAAGCUUCUGUAUUGAUGAUGUGAAGUUUCCCCAUUUUCUUUUCAAUUUGGGUUACUCGGUUUUGACUUUGACCCUUACUUGUUUUUUCAAGAUUAUUAUGUACAAUCUCAGGAAAACAUUCCUUUUUACUGCGUGAUCUGCACUGGGAUUCAGCAUUUCAGUUUGUUUGCAAUUGACUUCUUUGAUUAGAGGGCAGAAGUUAGGCUUCAUUAAAGAUAGUUCAUCCAGUUUGUGAAGCAUCUGAAAGUUGGGGAUCUGAUUAUGGGAAGCAAACAGUCAAGGCAUCAGGAUCACUACCAGCAUGAUUCGUACAAUUAUGGGGCUCCAUCACUCCCAAGCUAUCCACCGUACUCGUCUCAUUCUUCAAGGUAUAUUGAUCAUGAUGGAAGAAGCAAGCUGCAGUCAAGGUAUUCAAGAAUUGGUGAUGAUUACUACUCCCUAGAACAGGUGACACAAGCUCUUGCACAAGCUGGUUUGGAAUCUUCCAAUCUUAUUGUGGGCAUUGAUUUCACAAAAAGCAAUGAGUGGACUGGCGCACGGUCUUUCCAUAGGAAGAGUCUGCAUCACCUUGGGGAUUUCCCGAAUCCUUAUGAACAAGCAAUAUCAAUAAUUGGAAGAACACUUUCUCAUUUUGAUGAGGAUAACCUUAUUCCUUGUUAUGGUUUUGGUGAUGCCAGCACUCAUGACCAAGAAGUUUUUAGUUUCCACCCAGAAGAUAGGCCAUGUAAUGGAUUUGAGGAAGUAUUGAGUCGUUAUAGAGAAAUAGUUCCAAAUGUUCGUUUAGCUGGACCAACAUCUUUUGCUCCAAUCAUUGAAACUGCAAUUGGAAUUGUGGACAAUAGUGGUGGUCAGUAUCAUGUUCUCAUGAUCAUUGCUGAUGGGCAGGUUACAAGAAGUGUAGAUACAGGUCACGGACAGUUGAGUCAUCAGCAGCAUAGCACCAUUAAUGCUAUUGUAAAAGCAAGUGAGUAUCCGUUGUCAAUAGUACUGGUCGGAGUAGGUGAUGGGCCAUGGGACAUGAUGCAGAAAUUUGACGACAACAUUCCUUCUCGAGCUUUUGAUAAUUUCCAGUUUGUGAAUUUCACAGAAAUUAUGUCAAAAAACAUCUCAAUGUCUAAGAAGGAGACAGAGUUUGCUCUAGCUGCACUAAUGGAAAUACCAUCACAAUACAAAGCUACAAUAGGUCUCCAUCUCCUAGGCUGCCAAAGAGGAACUCCAAAGAGGUAUCCUCUUCCUCCUCCACUUGGAAUCAGUUUGGUGAGUGCCUAUCCAAAGCAUAGAGGGCCAAGCAGCAAUGAACAGACAAUGGAACUUGAUUAUGAUUUUUCUGGCCUCGCCGUGGAUCAUUCUUCACAGAGUUGGAGUUGUCCCGUGUGUUUAUGGAAUAAGAAAGAUCUUGCAUUUGGAUGUGGACAUCAGACAUGUUAUGAUUGUGGAAGGGUCUUGAACUUGUGCCCCAUUUGCCAAACCUACGUAAUCACUAGGAUAAGACUGUACGAUCAGAUUAAGCAGCCUGUUCAGAACUUGCCAGGAUAAACGUAGUUGAAAGUUCAGAAACCUGACAGGAUAAAGCAUUGGUGGAUUGGCCAAUCUGCAUAUCUAAAACCAUCUUUAAGUAGAUGUCAAAGAACCGAAUAGUUUUGUUUGAUUAUGCUUAUUCCUCAGGAAUCGAGAGCGAUUGUAUUAGUGAUAUAAGACGUAUACCCUCGACCUACUAGCUUAAUAUUUUAGGUUCAAUAGCUUGUGAACUUGAAAGUCUUUCUUAAGCAAUCUAGAUCGCCAUGAUAAACCAUUUCAUA